CCAAUGGGAGUGGCUUCAUGAUGUAAUUUAGGUGAAACGAAAGGUACAGUUUAAAGCUGUUUGGAAGUAAAAAUGCAGAUCAUUUCAGCUGAACAACACCAAAGAGCUCAACAACUCUGGGGAAACCAAUGGGAGUGGCUUCAUGAUGUAAUUUAGGUGAAACGAAAGGUACAGUUUAAAGCUGUUUGGAAGUAAAAAUGCAGAUCAUUUCAGCUGAACAACACCAAAGAGCUCAACAACUCUGGCAUUACUCUGUCAGAAACAUGGGACACCGUUGGAGGUGUUCUGCAGAGACGACCGAAUCUGUAUAUUUCAGUUCCACUCACAGGCUGAAGAGUCCUACAAAGCAAAAAAGUCAAGUUAAAAAGGACUGCACCAAUAAACAGAGUGUGGAGCUGUUGAGGAGAGUUCUGUCUCAGCUUCUGGAGUCUCUCAACAAGGAGAUAGGCCAGUUUGCUGCCUUUGAUCUGAAAAGAAUUCAGCAAUAUGCAGUGGAUGUGACUCUGGAUCCUGAUACAGCUUAUCCUGAACUCAUCCUUUCUCAAGAUGGGAAACAAGUAAGACAUGGAGACUUGCGACAGAAUCUCCUUCAUAACCCAGAGAGGUUUGAUUAUUGUGCCUGUGUGCUGGGAAAGGAAGGAUUCUCCUCAGGGAGAUUUUACUAUGAGGUGCAGGUCAGAGAAAAGACUAAGUGGGAUUUAGGAGUGGCCCAAGAGUCUGUUAUCAGGAAAGGGAAAAUAAUAACCAGCCCUAAGAAUGGAUAUUGGACGGUUUGGCUGAGAAACAAGAUUAAAUAUGAAGCUUGUGAUUCUCCUCCUGUUCCCCUCUCCUUGAAACAGGCUCCCCAGAAGGUGGGAGUGUUUGUGGAUUAUAAGGCAGGUCUAGUCUCCUUCUAUGAUGUUGAUGCCAAGUCUCUUAUCUACUCUUUCACUGGUCAGACUUUCACUGAGAAACUUUAUCCAUUCUUCAGUCCUUCACGCAAUUAUCAUGGUAAAAACUCAGCACCACUGAUCAUCAUGCCUCUUACACAAUUGACUUGAGCUGUUUACUUUAGCAAAGAAUGAAAGAAUAAAAAUAUUUUGUUAACAAAUAAA